AAAAAAAAAGACCUGGACUAAUGAGCUUCAGGGAGUCCCAGCCGCUCGCUGCCUUCUUCGGGCUGCUGAGCGGUUCAAGCAGCCGCUCACUUGAAAGUCUCCGGAAAAGGGAAGAUUAACCGGGGGGCGGGGGUGAAGAAACCCACGAAGUGCACAAAGUUUGGGCCUGGGGGACUGUGUCUGCAGCAGGCAACGAGGGAACCAAGAUGGAAAAACCUACUUGGCCUCAUCACCAAUCUACCUGGCAGAUGCAUCUGCCUAUGACAGUACUGGUUUAUAGGGCUCCCUUGAGUAUGAACACAUCAUGAAGCGCCGACUGGAUGAGCAGGAAACGGUUUAUGCGCCUCAGCAGCGUCGGAUUGCAAGCAGUGCUGAAACGUUUACACACCAGCAUCGAGUGCUAGCACCAGCACCUCCUGUCUACGAGGCUGUAUCGGAGAACAUGCAGCCCACUGCCGGCAUUCAGUACUCAGUCACUCCAGGAUACCAGGUUUCAGCCAUGCCUCAGAGCUCUGGCAGUCACAGCCAUACUCCAGCUGUACACAGUGGGCACCAUCACACUGCAUCAGUUCAGCCUCAUGGACAGCAGGUGGUACCCCAGAGCCAUGCCCAUCCUCCAGGAGCACCAGCCACACCGGUCCAAGGACAGCAGCAGUUCCAGAGGCUAAAGGUUGAAGAUGCUUUGUCCUAUCUUGACCAGGUGAAACUACAGUUUGGAAACCAGCCCCAGGUUUACAAUGACUUUCUUGACAUCAUGAAGGAGUUCAAAUCUCAGAGCAUUGAUACCCCUGGAGUGAUCAGCCGGGUUUCUCAGCUCUUCAAAGGGCACCCUGACCUCAUCAUGGGCUUCAACACCUUCCUGCCUCCAGGCUACAAAAUUGAGGUGCAGACGAAUGACAUGGUGAACGUGACGACACCAGGGCAAGUCCAUCAAAUCACUCCUCAGCAUGCCGCCCAGCCACAACCCCAACAACAGCACCAGCAGCAACCACAGCAGCAUGCUGCUCCUGCCCCGGCACAGCCAGCACCACAACCACCUCCUGCCAAAAUCCCCAAGCCACUGCAGUCACAGACACAUACUCCAACCAGCCAGCCAAAUGCAUCGCUGCCUCCAUAUGCCUCUCCUCGGUCCCCUCCAGUGCAACCCCACACACCGGUCACCAGUGCUCAUGCUGCUACACCACCCAUGCAGAACAAUCAGCCUGUGGAAUUCAACCAUGCCAUUAACUAUGUCAACAAGAUCAAAAACCGUUUCCAGGGGCAGCCUGACAUCUACAAGGCCUUUUUGGAGAUCCUGCACACAUACCAGAAGGAACAGCGGAAUGCAAAAGAAGCCGGCGGGAACUACACACCAGCAUUGACUGAGCAAGAGGUAUAUGCCCAGGUAGCGAGGCUCUUUAAAAACCAGGAAGACCUUCUUUCAGAAUUUGGACAGUUCCUGCCUGAUGCCAACAGCUCAGUUCUGCUAAGUAAAACAACAGCAGAGAAAGCUGAUUCAGUUAGGAAUGAUCAUGGCGGCACAGUGAAGAAGCCUCAGCUGAACAACAACAAGCAAAGAAGUAAUCAGAAUGGUUGCCAGAUCCGUCGUCACCCAGGCACAGGAGCUACUCCGCCUGUCAAAGAUCUAUCCAUUAAUGAGGCAGUAGCGCUAGGAACAGCCCUUUCCAAAUUUCGAAGUCCAGGAAAUACAAAUAGGACAAGCCAACAAAAGAAGCCAAAAAUGUUGGGAUUAAAAGACCAGUCCUUGGCUGAAGUCAGUAAGCAUGGAGCUGGAACAGAAACCUUAUUCUUUGAUAAGGUCCGGAAAGCUCUGCGAAGUGCAGAGGCUUACGAGAACUUCCUACGCUGCCUUGUCAUUUUUAACCAAGAGGUGAUCUCCCGUGCAGAGCUGGUCCAGCUUGUGUUUCCUUUCUUGGGAAAGUUUCCUGAGCUCUUUGUCUGGUUUAAGAACUUCCUGGGUUAUAAGGAGUCCUCCCACAUUGAGGCAUUUCCUAAGGAGAGAGCUACAGAGGGCAUUGCAAUGGAAAUUGAUUACGCUUCUUGUAAACGACUUGGUUCAAGUUAUCGAGCAUUGCCCAAAAGCUUCCAACAACCCAAGUGCACUGGCAGAACUCCCCUUUGCAAAGAGGUUUUGAAUGAUACAUGGGUGUCCUUCCCCUCCUGGUCUGAAGACUCUACCUUUGUCAGCUCAAAGAAAACACAAUACGAAGAGCACAUCUACAGGUGUGAAGAUGAACGGUUUGAGCUUGAUGUUGUCUUGGAAACGAACCUAGCAACGAUCCGUGUCCUGGAGACUGUUCAGAAGAAGCUGUCACGAAUGUCAGCGGAGGAGCAAGCUAAGUUUCGUCUGGAUAACACCCUUGGUGGUACUUCAGAAGUCAUUCACCGUAAGGCCAUUCAGAGGAUAUAUGCAGACAAGGCUGCGGACAUUCUUGACGGCCUGAAAAAGAACCCUGCAGUAGCAGUUCCCAUUGUGCUGAAAAGAUUAAAAGCAAAGGAGGAAGAAUGGCGAGAAGCACAAAGAGGUUUUAAUAAGAUUUGGAGAGAGCAGAACGAGAAGUACUAUCUGAAGUCUCUUGAUCACCAGGGAAUUAACUUCAAACAGAAUGAUACCAAAACUCUGCGUUCCAAAAGCUUGCUGAAUGAGAUAGAGAGCAUAUAUGAUGAGCGACAAGAACAGGCGUCUGAAGAUCACACGCAUGUGACAUCCGGUUCUCAUUUAACCUUUGUUUACGAGGACAAGCAGAUCAUGGAGGAUGCAGCCUCUCUCAUUAUCCAUCACGUGAAGCGGCAGGCUGGGAUACAGAAGGAUGAUAAAUACAAAAUCAAACAGAUAAUUUAUCACUUCAUCCCUGAUCUGUUAUUUGCUCAGCGUGGCGAGCUUUCGGACGUAGAAGAUGAGAAAGAGGACGAGGAGGAUGAGGAGAUGGACAUUGAUGAGAGCACGGGGGCAACCAAAAAGCACAAUGGCAUCGGAGGUAGCCCUUCCAAGCCAAAACUGAUGUUCAGUAACACAGGAGCGCAGAAGCUGCGAGGCUUGGACGACGUGUACAACCUGUUCUUUGUGAACAAUAACUGGUACAUCUUCAUCCGGCUUCACCAGAUCCUGUGCUCGCGACUCCUGAAGAUCUACAACCAGGCAGAGAAGCAGAUUGAAGAGGAAUGCAGAGAGAGGGAACAGGAGAUGCUGACAGGAAAGCGGGACAAAAAUGACAGUCCUGCUAUUCAGCUUCGACUGAAGGAACCCAUGGAUAUUGAUGUGGAAGACUAUUACCCAGCUUUCCUUGAUAUGGUACGGAACCUUCUGGAUGGCAACAUGGACUCCUCCCAGUAUGAGGACACACUUCGGGAAAUGUUUACUAUUCAUGCAUUCAUCGCUUUUACAAUGGAUAAACUCAUCCAGAGUAUAGUCAGGCAGCUGCAGCAUAUUGUGAGUGAUGAAAUCUGUAUACAAGUGACCGAUCUGUACCUAGCAGAAAGUAAUAACUGUGCCACUGGAGGUCCCCUGGCAACUAUUUCCUCCCGAGCUGUUAUUGAAAGCAACUACCAACGCAAGGCUGAACAACUCAUGUCAGAUGAGAACUGUUUUAAGCUCACGUUCAUCCACAGCCGAGAACAAGUGUCAUUAACCAUUGACCUGUUGGACACUGAAGAGGAAAACUCAGACGAUCCUGUGGAAGCAGAGCGCUGGUCAGACUUUCUGGAUCGUUAUAUGAAUUCAGAUUCUACCUCUCCUGAACUACGGGAACAUCUAGCACAGAAACCUGUGUUCCUGCCUAGGAAUCUGCGUCGAAUUCGCAAGUGCCAACGGGGUCGGGAACAACAGGAAAAGGAAGGGAAGGAAUGCAGCAAUAAGAAAUCUAUAGAGAAUGCAGAGAAUUAUGAUAAAGCGCAGUGCAAUUUUAAACUCAACUCCUACAAAAUGGUGUAUGUCUUCAAAUCCGAAGACUACAUGUACAGGAGAACUGCGCUGCUAAGAGCUCGCCAGUCUCACGAGCGAGUCAGCACACGGUUACACCAGCGGUUUCAGGCUUGGGUGGAUAAAUGGAGCAAGGAGCACGUGACCCGUGAAAUGGCUGCCGAAACCAGCAAGUGGCUAAUGGGAGAGGGAUUGGAGGGCAUGGUGCCUUGCACAACCACCUGUGAAACUGAAACACUGCACUUCAUGAAAAUCAACAAAUACAGGGUGAAAUACAGUGCUUUAUUCAAGGGGCCGUGACCAACUUGCACAGCAGGUCCUCCCCUCGCGCCAUGUGCCCAAGUUUUGGCAUGUCAUCCAAUGCCAUACACCAGCUCUCCCACACAAAAAAAAACACUGCUAUGUUUUUGUAAAUACUGUGUACAUAUUGUCAACAGACUUUUUUUAAAAAAAAGAACCAAUCUGCAUCAAUGUGCUAGCAUUAUCUACUAGCUUAUUGUGUAUCAUAGUAUGAGGUGGCUUGAAGUUAGUUAAUAUGGAAAAAUGAGGCACCAUUAUUAAAGUUUUUACCAAAGGGAUUUCAGAGUAAUUGUAGCUUUCUUUGUGUGUGAAUUUUUGUUAGUGAAAAGAUAUUUCAUUAUGUACAGAACACUUGUAUCAUUAAGUGUCCCUGUGCAGCAUGCCAUUACAUAGUACAUUUUGGCCUUUUUGUUUUAAGUUUUAAUUCAAGUUUGCUCGUCUAAUAACAACUGGACCAAACUUCAUGGCAGACAUAAUUGGAACUGUCCAAUCACCUUUUCUUUCGUUAUGGAAACAUUGAACUCUGGGUCUCUGAGGGUAAUUUACCUGUGACCUGUUUUUUUUAACCUGCCUUAGUCUUCCAAACACAAUUCGCUUCCUGUCGGAAGUCUGGCAGACUGCUGGUUCCAGUUUUAUGCAGUAUUUGACCCUAUUGAUUAGUAGCUUCAGGUAUUAAAAGAUGUUAAUGAGCAAGUGGUUGACUGACUGAAAGGUCUCUCUUACUAAUGUGGCAGCUGUCCAUUCAGGUUUUCUUCACACUGUAGUAUCCUUUCGGUGGUUUUCCAGAAGUGCAUCGAUGAUUAAUAAUUCGGUCACGUUUGACACAGUCAGUCCCAGAAUUUUCAUGCUGCUUUAUUGCGUGUUACAGCAAAAGUGAGUUCAACGGUUUGGGCAUUUUAUUUUGAACAUUUUAUAAAGCAUCUUGAUUCUAGCAUUUUGAAGCUUCUUGUGAAUACAAGAGACACUAUUGGGAGAUGAUGGAACACCUUGCGUGUGUGUUUUUUUUAAAUGGGUCACAAAAAAGAGCUUAGCUGAGUUUGAAAGAUUUUCUAUGAACCUUACAUUUGGUUGGCUAGAACAUUCACUGCUGUCUGGUACAUUGGAAGUGCUCAGUAAUGCCUGAAGCACAAGACUGUUAAUUAUGAUGCCUUUGGAAAUCAAUUUUAUACAUUUAAUAAUACUUGCCAAUCCACCAUCUUAUUUUAAUGCUCAAGCUGUUUUUUUUGACUCGUUGAAACAUGUUUUUUUUUGUAAGAAAAAUAUUUCAACGAUUUCCAUUUUUGUUUCUGAUGAGACUGAAUAGCAAACAUACACCUCAUGGGUUUCACUUCAUAAGCAGAUGUUCCAGCCUGUUCGAGCCUUCCUACAGCUCUCUGUUAGCCACAGAACUCAGUAUUCUGCUUUUGACAACAAGCAGACUGGCAAUGUGGGCUUACCCUGGUCCGUGAAAGAACUUCCACCAUUUUAUAAAUUUCUAUGUAAAUUAGUUAAAUUAUCUUCAUUCUCUCCCUCCCCACCCCCCACUCCUCUAUCUUUUCCCCUAUGUCCAUUGACGUGGGUCGCCCACCUUUUCUCCUAAGGCCAAGUGGUUUGGUGAGCUUUAGAAGAACUAAUCUAAUUGAAGCAAAAUUUGACUAAUGGCAGCUGGAAAACCUUGUAAUUAAGCUUUUACUCAUCCACUUGCCCGACUGUUGACAUUAACCUCAAAUUGUCCAUUUAACACAUUGCUUUUGUUCAGAAAGCCACUGUGCUCAUCUGCAUCGUGAUCAAACACUGUCGGAGACCGAUUUGUACAGUUUGCCCCUGCAACCUCUCUUUUUUCACUUUGUAAAGUAUAAGAGGCAGGGCUUUUAAGCCAGCUUGUACAAUGCAUAUAUAUUGCUUUUUGUAUUCUGUACUGUGAUCUUUGGCCACCCACGUGUGAUUUCUAUACAGAAGUUGUAAACUUGACUUGUAGUUCAGUAUUUCCCAUUAAAAUAUCGCCAGGGCUGAAAUCUG